AUGUCAGGUUACGCACUUGGCUGCGUAUCUGUCUUUGAUAUUCUGCUUGUCCAUUUUCUCUCUUUUCUUACCCACGGUAUCUCUUUCUUUAAUCUCUCUCUCUCUCCUUUUUUAUUUCCUCUCUCUCUCUCCUCUUUCUUUCUUUAUUUUCUCUCUCUCUCUCUCCUCUUUCUUUCUUUAUUUCUUCUUUUCUUUUUCUCUCUCUCUCUCUUUCUUUUUCUUUCUUUAUUUCUCUCUCUCUCUCCUCUUUCUUUCAUUUCUUUUUCUUUUUCUUUCUUUAUUUCCUCUCUCUCUCCUCUUUCUUUCUUUAUCCUUCUCUCUCUCCUCUUUCUUUCUUUAUUUCUCUCUCUCUCUUUCUUUCUUUCUUUUUCCUCUCUCUCUCUCCUCUUUCUUUCUUUAUUUCCUCUCUCUCUCCUCUUUCUUUCUUUAUUUCCUCUCUCUCUCCUCUUUCUUUCUUUAUUUCCUCUCUCUCUCCUCUUUCUUUCUUUAUUUCCUCUCUCUCUCCUCUUUCUUUGUUUUCCUCUUUCAUUAUUUUCUACCUCUCCUCUUUUUUCCUCUCUCUUGUUUCUUCUUUCUUCCCCCUCUCUCCUUUUCGUUUCCCCCCUCUUAUCUUUGUUUCACCAUCACUCUCCUCUUUCUUUCUUUCAUCUCUGUCUACUCUUUCUUGUCCUCUCUCUUUUUUCUUUCCCCUCACUGUCCUCUUUCUUACACUCUCUCUUUCCUCUCUCAUAUAGGUGUAAUAUAUAUAACUAA